UCUCCAAUUUCUGGGGGGGUAACCCCUAUUGCGCACCUACGAAUGUCGUAGUUACGUUGGUCUCCAUCGUUUGCAUCUGGUGGAGUUUAGACUGAACUACAGCGAAGGAAACAAUCAAUAGUAUAGAAAACCUCAUCAAUCUCUUAUUUCAAAUCCACACAGUCAAAACUUCAAUAUUUAUUUUCACAACGUUAACAUUUUGGAUUUGCGCCGGUGUAUUGGGCACGAGGCACCAUGGACAAUGCUUUUGACAACCUGGAUGCUGUGGGCUUCCUACAAAUUUGGCAACAUUUCGAUGUGGACGAUAAUGGUUAUAUUGAAGGAAAGGAAUUGGACGACUUUUUUCGACACAUGAUGAAAAAACUUGGGAUGAGUGAUGAAAUAACAGAUGACAAAAUUAGAAGCGUGAAAGAAAGGUUCAUGUCAGCUUAUGACACCACAGCGGAUGGUCGCCUGCAAAUCCAAGAGUUGGCCACCAUGAUGCUACCGGAGGAGGAGAACUUCCUCCUACUGUUCCGCAGAGAGACACCAUUGGACAACAGUGUGGAGUUCAUGAGGAUCUGGAGAAACUAUGAUGCUGACAGCAGUGGAUACAUAUCAGCUAUAGAGCUCAAGGGUUUCCUGCAGGACCUGUUCCUCCAGCACAAGAAGACCAUCUCCCCCAACAAACUGGAGGAGUACACCGACACCUUGAUGAAGAUGUUUGACAAAAACAAUGAUGGCAGGCUGGAUUUGAAUGACCUAGCCAGAAUCCUUGCGCUGAAAGAGAACUUCUUGCUGAAGUUUGACAUGAAUGCUUGCAGUCAAGAAGACCGGAAGAGGGACUUUGAGAAGAUAUUUGCCCACUAUGAUGUUAGUAAGACGGGUGCUUUGGAGGGUCCGGAGGUGGAUGGCUUUGUCAAAGACAUGAUGGAACUGGUCACGCCUACCAUUAGUGGAACGGACCUGGACAAGUUCCGCAAGGUCCUGCUGGGCCACUGUGACAUGAACGGGGAUGGAAAGAUCCAGAAGAAUGAACUGGCCCUGUGCCUCGGCCUGAAAUACUCCAGUUAAUAGUACUAAUUGCCCUAGUUAGCACCACAGGCUAACCGCUAACUCAUUGAUAGCAUGCCGCAAUGCAAUAGCUCAUAGCUUUUAGACAACCAAAGAGCAUUGCAUGAUGGUUGGUUGAAAGGAAGUUGUUGCAUAGAGUAGACCCAUUGGGGCUUUUUGGGAAUUUGUUUUGUGAUCCUUCAUUUUGUUUGACUGUAUCUGUUGAUGACAAUUCUGAGUACCUUUUGAGAAUGUUGUGUGUGUGUGUGUGAUUGGUAAGAUAGACACCAUACACCUGCCUAUAACUCGCAAAAAUAUAGUGGUGAUAUAAGUAUUUGGGGAUUUAAGUUGUUUUGGGAUAUUUGUGGGUUGUAUUGAAUUAAUUACCAUGAUGGCUGCAUUUACUUGUCAGUACUGUGUUGUUUUUUAUGUGCAAAAAAAUAUGGUGAAAAUAAGUGCCAUUAAUUAGUUGACAUUUCACCUCCUACUUUAAAUGGUAUUUGUAGAGAAUGUACUAUCAAAGUAAACAUGUAACAUGUAAUGCAAUACAGUAUAAUAUUAUGAACAACAA